AAAGUUUCAAAAGCAGGGAAAACAGUGAGAGAGAAAAAAGGAUAAGAACCUCGCAAGCUACGAGAGUGAGUUGAAAAAAUUGGGCCCAUACCAAGCAACAAGCAAACCUUUUUUUGUUGCCCUUUUUGUUUUGACUUUUUUUUGGUUCUAUUCGCUCUAUUCUACUGUCCUAGGUAGACAGGAGUAGGAGACAGGAAUAAGUAGGUCUUUAGAUCCGAAUUGCGAUGAAUGAACAGGUUUCCGUUAUUGGUUUUGUUUAUCCCCUUAAUAGGGUUCACACUUCCUCUGCCAUUCUAUCGAACGCACCAGGAACUGUUUCAUCUCAGUAGAGACGCACACAUGACACGAACAGGCUUUCUACUUUUUUGGGACCCUAGAAUUCGUCCCUUGCAUGCUCUUCUCAAAUUGAUCCUUUAUAUAAAAGAUUAAGAUUAACGUUUGCAUUUUCUAUUAUUCCCUCAUCAAACACAAACUGCUUCUUGCUCAAACUUACUUACAACGAACUACUCUUUUCAAUGCACCACUUGUAGUGUUGUGAAGAACGAACGCUAGAAUUUGAAUGUUGUACAACCACUCAGAUUUGAAUUUUGCCUAAUAAAGUUUCUAUUUCGAAGAUCAUUGACGCACUGUUGGAGUUGGACUGCUAUUAAAGUUGAAUCAAUACCUAUUUUGACUCUACUACAGAACUAGAAAAAGAUGGACGCAUGGACAGCAAACCUUUUAGGUGGGGACAAGGGUGCCCCAUCUAGCCUUGAGGAGUUGCUCUUUGGCGGAGGUUUCAGCCUCAAGGAUCUCCAAGAAAAGCACCAGUUGCUCUCAGCACGUGGCGGGGGGAACAACAACAUUAUGACUUUGAUGAAUCUGACUUUUGGCUAUCUGAGUGAAGUUGUAUGUAGUUCUUGGUGAAACAAAAUAUCCAGCUCGCUCUAGUUUCUCAUUCCUAACUAGGGACCACUACCCUGCUGAUCAUCUCUAGCAAUUUUCGAUUUCUUCGAGAUCGAAAAUCCCUCUCUGUCCCCCGUCUCUCUAAGGACCACAACAACCAGUCCUCGUCUACCAAUAUGGGUGGCAUGUCGGGAAGCACGAGUUUGUCGAACAUAAUGGGUGGUGGAGGCAAUCGAGAUGACAUCUCCGACAUCUUCAACACCGACUGGACAACACCAUCUAAAACGUCCUCCUUCGAUGGCUCUGCAUCCGGUUCUUCCACUCUCGAUUCGAUGUGGGAUGCUUUGGGAUUGUACUCAGUUUUUUCGAGGAGGACUUUAGAAUAGAGGUUCUUCUAUUGGGAGUUCUGAUAAUGAGAAUGUUGAUUGAUUGUGUAAUAUGCACGUAGUUGUGUCUAGUAUCUUCAUGCAAUGGCUGUUCUGUAUUAAGCAUCUGGAAUUUCGUUUGCUUAAAUUGUUUCUCCACUAAUCUCAGGCCCAGCGCCAGCGAAAAUUUUUCGGGUAUGCAAGGAGGCGGCAAAGGUGGAUGGCCAUCGAGAAGUUGGCAAAAUCUGGACUUUGGAAAGGGUACCUCGGACUUUGGGAAGGGUAAUUCUUCUGAUCCUGUUGCUUUUGUUGAUUCGGAGUGGACGGACAUAAUUUCAUCUUAAUAUUCAUUAAUGCCGCAGUAAUAUAGUAAAAGUUGGUUCCGAUUAUCGAUCUGGGAAGUUGUCCUUAUACAAUUCUCUAUUUGGGAAGAUGUCUAUCAUCUGGCUCAACAUCCCUUGAUACCACACAGGCGGUGCGCACUCUCGCCAACACUCCGCUCCGCCAGCCGCGAAGGAUGAGAAGAUUGAAAAGUUGAUGAUGCUUCGUCGCCUCGAAGACAGUAUGCGAUCUGCUGGAGCGAGUGAUGAUCAAAUCGCUACCGCUUUGGAAUCCCUGUUGUGGAAGGACAUGAGUACUGAUUCUUUGUAUUAUUUGGGUUUCAGUUUGGAUUUAUGCAACAUUCUUUGUAAGUAUUCGGGUUUCAUCACAAGGAUAUCAACAGAUCACUUACCACCUGGGUUUACAACUUUUAGCCUAUAUUUUCUAUGCAAGAAUAAAUAGUGUUCGGGUUUCAGAAACUAAUUCGGAUUUACAAUAAAAUAGAAGAUCAUGGGAGAAAGAAGAACAAGAUGAAGAAGGAAGUGAGGAAUUGCACUGAUUCGGGUAGACAUCCUCGUUUCGUAUGUCUGAGGCAUGCUCGCAUCCUUCCAUUUUUUGAAUCCCACAUAAACCCCUUUAGGCACAAUCCAACUAGGCACGCAUUCCCCGUGUCGGGUCCUUCACUCCUCGGUUUCCUAUUCAAAUUAAAUAUAACCACUUCCAGAAGGUCAAAUGCGCGGUGGUUCCAGCAACUACAAUGAAGCUCCAAGCAGUUCCUAUGGGCCAGAAAGCCGUGGACGUAUGGGUGGAAUGCGCCAUGCGCCCUAUGGUAUUUACAGCAGACUUCAAGUUUCUUUCCAUCACAGUGAAACAGGAUCUUGUCCAAUGAAGAUGUGAAAAAACAAGUUCGUUGUCAUGUAGUUUCUCCCGGGAUCUUCGAGUUUCCCUCAUUCAGUCUAUCCUCUCCAAACCCCGCACAGAAAUGAACAAAGGCGGCCAUCACAACUACGAUAAUGACGCUCCUGCCGCUGCACCGGGUCAAGUUGAUCGCCAUUGUUUCACGUGCUCUCGUACCUUCGACUUCCGACGCACGCAUUGUGACAGUUGCCGUGCUCCAUUGAGCAUCGUGGACUCGAAGCAGAAUAACUGGGAAUGCCGUAUAUUUUGUUGAAAUUUAUCGAUUUAAAUUGUAGUCCUGGAUGUUUUUUUAGGUCAGUAAUUCUUGAACCAGCAUAAACAUUUUGUACAUACUUGAAAAACCACUAGUAGUACAUGCAUCAAAGUAACUGUAUCUCAGAGUAUACUUAGUCUCUUAUGUAAAGAGAACAAAAAAGUAGUCUCUCUCUCAUCUAGAGAAAACAAAACAAAGUAACUCAGAGUAUAGUCUCUCAUCUAGAGAAAACACCCAUCACCCACACAGCCUGCGGCAACCAGAACUGGUUAUGGCGAAAGACCUGCCGUCGUUGCCAGAAGCCGAAGCCGCUAUCUAUGCCGUCCAAUCCUACGGAGAAGAUCCUGGAAGACCGCAUGAGCAACUACAAGGGCUACAAAGGCUACAAGGGAGACCACUACAAUAAGGUUAUGGCUCUUGGGUGAGGAGGAGAUGAAAUGAAUGUGACAAGAACAUGGAUGUGACACCUGUGGUCGAAUGAUUGAUGAAGAAACUGAGACUCCACAGAGUUGUAGUAGAACAAGUGUCAAAAACUCGUGGUGAACUAACAAUGGCAUUUUAGUACUUAUGUUGAUGAAAGCUAGUUUAGGGAUUUUUUUUCCCUCUGCUCUAGGACCUGCAGGGAUUGUUCUGUUUGUUCCCUCUCUAGGAGUACUUGGUGCAACUUCUAACACCAGCCACGACUACAAGGGCCACGAUUGGAAAGGUCAGGACUCGUGGACUAGCUCGGGAAAGGGAGAUUUCGGCAAGAGCAGCAGCGCCUAUCGGGAACAUGCACGUGAACUGAUGCUACUUUUAAGGCUUUUUACCCUUCUGAAGCUUCUUCUUCUGAACAAGCAUCUUGGAGUUGGAACAACUGUCCCAUCGGGGAUGGGAAAACAGGUCCAAGAUGAGGAGUCCUUCCACCAAGAUCAUGGAUAUAAUGCGCAGUCCCAGUCUCUAAUACUUCAGGUCGCCGGCAAACUCGGAGCGGUCAAGGGAAGCCUCGCAGCACUCGAGAACUCGGCUUUCGGUAACAAGGAGACCUCGAAUUCAUCGUCAUCGGGAACUAACAAUAAUAUCAACAUUAAGGCACCACCUAUGAAGGCACGACCGACAGUCAAGUGCUUUCCAAAACCAAGUUUUGAAAAAUCGUGAUCUUGAAGAUGUUGAUUUUGUGAGUCGUUAGAUUGAGGACCUUGGAAAUUCAUCGUUUUAUGUACUAUUUGGCAGAAGUUUCGUGUUGGUCGGCAAUUGUAGUUCGAUGUCGCUUGUUCUUGUCCAGAGAAUCACGUUGCUAGAGUCGUGGUCCUAGAUGACAAGGAGCGGGUGAUGUAAGUGUUCGCGAUCGUUCCUUGGUUGGGGCGGUGAAAAACUUCGGGGCAUGUAUCGUUUGAAUAUUAAAGUUGAAUAUUAAAAUUGAAAACAACAACCUCAACUUAUCUACACUUUCUUGCAAGGAGUCCAGGGAGGACGUACUUCAGUCCGACCGAAUGAGGUAUAGAUACCUCUCUGCUUCAAAGAUCAUGUGCCUCUUCUAAGGAACAUGCUGCCAGUUCGUCGAGCAACAAUGCAACGAGCUCACUAUUGUCGGCCGCACUCCAGAAUGUAUCCAAGGCAACGACAGUAGACGUUUCCGGGAAGCAGGACAGCGCUAGAUCAGGGUCAAGUGCACAGCAGAAGUCGCCAGCUCCAGCGGUGAACAACAUUAUGCUAAUGGAACAAGUUUCGUCGGCAUUUGCGCGCACAACACACGCAGAAAAGAACGGCAACACUCUUUUCUUACCCUCAAUCUUUUUCGAUAGGAAUUUAGAAGAUUUGAGACACGUAUAAUGUCACGCAUCACAUCAAAUAUACAUCUUCAAUCUCUAAUCAACCCCCGAAGCCAGAAAUGCAGAUGCCCCCAAUUGAGGAGCCAAUCUGCCAACCGGUCGUGAACCCGUCGUCUCAGCUCCUGCAAUUAGCACGUGCCGCAAAGGAAGAGAAGGAAUCUUCAUUGCUUAUGGAUGGAUAAUGUCACUUGUUGACUUCCAGCAGACUGAUCGAAACAAAUUUUGUUAAACACCUCCUAGCUAACCCUCUCCUCUCUCUAAUCGCAAAUUGAACAGUAUGGAAAGCGAGGAGACGAAAGAUGGUAUGGCGGUGACAGGAAACAACCCCUUUAUGGAAACUGGUGACGGGACUCCGAAAAGCAAAAAAGAGCCUGUUGGCAUCUUGCCGCCACCAGGAAGACCUGCUAAGGUACUACUCGUACUCAUGAUUAGGGUAUCUUCGGUGAAGAUUUUGCUCCUCUUGGAAUGUAGCAGCUGUUGUAUAAGUACUACUGAAUGCAGCUAAAAAUUGUGGAUACGCGAUCCCUUUGUUUAUUAUACUUGCUAACUAGGUCUUCAUUCUCUUCAAAGAAAACUCCAUCUAUGACAAAAAAAAAGGUAAUUGCUUCAUCCUCCGGAGGUGGCAUCUGCGCUGCUGAAGACCCAGAAGUGCAAGAGGAAUUGCGAAAGUGGCUCGGUCAGGCUACAUUAUGAUUCGCAACUGAAGAUUCCAAGUUUCUUUUCUCAAUCAUGUACUCCGCAGCUGUCUGUGGGACCAAAACCAAACGGCCCUUUAGAAGGUGACCAUGCGUAUUAUCCUCGAUCCGACUCCUCUCUGGAACUGACUUGCUUCUAAGUAUUCGAAAACUCAAAAUAAGCGAGCUACUGACUGAAAUAAGAGAGUCUUGACUACGUUUCUCUCCUUUCAGUAUCUCCCUUAUUUUCAAUAGUUACUCGGUUAUUUCAGUUUUUCGAAUAAAUUCUUCCUCCCUUCUGCCUCGCAGCACCCUCUAAUCCCCGCCAAUAAGGACGCUCCAAAGGAUGCCAAUGCAAAAGUAGACCAGGAGCAGCAGGAAGAGAAGGUUAAGCCCGCAGCAGGAGCGGCAGGAACUGGCGGGGCUACAGCAAAACGAGGCUCACCACCAAGAGCGUCCACAUCCAGUAGCUGGGGAUCAGGUAGUAUUAUAUAUCAGUUUGGUUACUGAACACUGUUGCAAAAUAGACGAUCUAUUUAGAAGUCUUCCAAAGAUGAACACCAAUUCGAAUUCUAACUCCACAAGUAUAAGUACUCAAUCACGAAUGUUCUUGGUUUUUCUCAAUUCAAUCAAUCUUAUCAACAAUAGCAACGACAAGCAAACUCGAUCACGAAUGUUGAUUUUUCUCAAUUCAAUCUUAUCAACAAUAGCAACGACAAGCAAGCUCGAGCAUACCCCGCAGGAUGAAGUAAAGCAGAUGGAAGUAGAGGGUACAGAGUAAAGACAGUUCUGAAAAAAAGAGACCAUAAUGAUCCCCUCUUCGUUACCUGGGAUGCUAUUAAGGUCUUGUUGGUACUAUUAGGACUUCUGCUCGACGGACACUACUUGUGCUGCUUGUAUACCAUUCUACCUGUUCUUGCUGUUUCCUCCGAGGUGAAGGCUUGCUUAAUAUGCCGUCGCAAUCUACCUAGUGCUGAACUUUUUUCUAAUUCGAUCUAGAAGUGGAUGUGUAGAAACCUUAGGUAAGUUCCGAUUCAUAUUUUUCGACGUUGAAUGAUGAAUGAUGAGUGUUGUAUCUACUGCAAUCGCAAGAAUUUCAUUGGAGGUACUAGAACGAGUAUUGUCGCUUUGAGUUGUUGUUGGCUAGCCAUUUGGUUGUUAAUGUUAUCAUGUUACUUACUUUUAUCAGUUUCCUAGACAAGUUUUUACCUAAUUCUAUUCAGUGCGAUAAAACAAGCUUCAAUUUACAAACACAAGUUCGAUUUCGGUCUACUUUUGAAAUAUUGUAGUAAGAAAAGUAAGAUGUACAAGAUGAGGAUAUUUUUUGGUUUAGAGGCCCCCGGCGAUAACUCUAUCAGGAGCAGGGCCUCAUGUUGUGAUCUAAAUUGUUGAUAUCUAGUGAAAAGACAGAUACAAUUAUUCAUCUUCAUCAUUUUUAAACUUAUGCUGUAAAAAAUCGUGUUAGUCGUGUUGGGUAGAAAAAAGCAGCAACUAUGUGAGCAUUGUGAGCAUUAUGAUUUCGUUUUCGAUCUAUUUAGCAUGUAAAAUUUUGUCUUGAUUUGAUGUUCCUACUACCGCAGUAGCUUGAAAAGAAUCCUUGAAUAGUUUUGUUAGAUUUUUAUGAAUUUGUUAUCACACAUCGUUUCGAUUUGUUCGUGGUCAACAAUAUUUAUAUAUUGCUCAAUUUCACUACAUUUCAGCACGACAUUAUUACUUGUUUUUCGCACUAGUAUUAUUUGAACUUCUUUUUGUUUCAGUUUUUUUCAAUCAUUGUUAUUUUCAGUCAGAGGGUUAUCUUAUGAAUCUAGAAAUCCAAUGCGGAAAACUAAUGAUCACGACUAGAAUUUAGAGCAAAAUCGUCAUUGGAUGAAGGGAUUCAACAUGUCUGAGCAUUCAGUUGAGGAGGAGGCGAGUCAAAUCCUUGCUGCUGGUGCGUGCACUCGACAAGAGUUAAAGUUGUACUGCAAGGUAAAAGUAGGCUCUUCUUAAUUCAAACAAAGCACUAUCUAAACUAUCAAAGGUGGUUUGAUGAGGUUCUUUUUCUUGUUGUGAUGAAAAAGCGUCCAAGACGUCUUAAGAGGCGUACAGGAAGACUCCUUCUAAAAUUUGGUGUUAGAGUUGAAAGGCAGUCUAAAUCUCAAAUACAGUAUUUUUUCUUACAACUACAACAUCCCAUCUACUGAAUUCAUUGUGAAAAAUUUGAUUUGCAUUGAAUCUUCAAUUGGUUUCUCAUUGUGUUGAAUUUCUUGUCAAAAUAAUUUUGAUUGCUUGAGCACCUCAGGAUAUUCUCACGUUCCUCAUAAAAUUAGCAAUGCAUCGGAAUCUGCAUUGCUAAUGGAAAAUCUAGGGAGCGAGGUAUAGAAGGAAGAUAAUGAAUUGAAUUUAACAUUUUGUUUGAGAUUCAUCGACGAUUGUGUACUAGAUGUUGACUACUAGUGUUUUCCUGUUUCGAGGACAUUCAUAGUUGGUGACCACAGAAGAUUGGAUCCGUUUUGAAGGCAAGAAGACCUCUACUUUGUUGACAAGAAUUUUUCUGAACAGUUUUUUCAUGAAAGAAUUUGGAUGAAAAACGAAACGCAAC